UUCGACUCUUCCUCUUGUUCUUGUUCUUGUUCUUGUUCUUCCUUAUCGUGGAACAUCAUCGAGACACCGACUUCCUGUAUAUAUGUAUAAAAAAAGAAAAAGAGUUGAGAUCGCGCUCGAAGAUUCGAAUUAAUUCGCAUUAGUUCGUUCGUAAAGAAGUCCGGUCUGCCAUCACCCUCCUUCGCCCAAUCGCUUACCCUCUACGAUCGACGAUCGAUUAUUUUUGCACGAUUUAAAGAAAAUAAAGAAUAAAUUUGAAGCAAUUACCUCUUCGCUAGUUCUUCCUUUCAUUCUUUUUUUAAUUGAAAAUACAAGUAAUUAUAUUUGAAAAGAGAGUUAUCGAUUUUCGAAAAAACAUUACCGAUCUCUUAUUAUUUAUCCCAGCUAUUAUAUCCGGACGCGGUGGUUUAAAAUUUUUUGGAAUGGCGAACAAAAAAAAAGAGUCGUCGCUCGAACAGAGGUAGAAUCGUUAAUUCGAUCGCAUUAUUUUAUGAAUGAUGAGGAAAGAGAAAAAAGAUAAUAAUCACGAAGAAAUCGAUAGGGAUAACUCGAUAGAAUUUUUUUCUGAAUAAUGAAAAGAAGAUGGGAUUGAUUGAGGAAGGAAGAAAGAUAAGAUAGAAGAAAAAAAAAAGAGAGAAAAAAAUAUCAAACAAUUACGAAGAAAAAGAGAAAAGAAUUACGAGAAGAGAGAGAGAGAGAGAGAGAGAGAGAGAAAAAGAAAAAGGAAAAGGUUAGUCGUUUAUUAAACGAGAAAAGGUCGCAAGGUCGCCAUGUUCGUCGAACUCCGCCAUUUCUCUUUUCUUCCCCGUCUAGCCAACCGGUUAAUUCCAGACGUUCUUGGUAAUACUAUCGAGGACGUCGCACCGAAGAAAACACCGUUUCCUCUUUUCUCUUCUUUCUUCCUACUGGCUAGGAAGGAAGCACCGCAUGCUUUUUCAAUGGCGUAUAUCCGCAUGUAGGAAUUCUUUUGUUCUGCCGUUCAUCGCGCCCAAGAGAGAAAGAGAGAGAGUUCGUGUAUUAUGUAAUCUCGAAGCGAACGACGAACGACAUGACGUGUGUUGUAUGCGUGUAGUCAAAAGAGAGAGAGAGAGAGAGAGAAAAGAUAGAGACAUCUUAUCGAUUGAAACUCGUGCACGAACGAUUCGAUAUCGUACGAAAAGUGAAUAAUAGAGAGAAAUAAAAAAAAAAAGAAUAAUUUGUCCUUUUUCGACGAAGGAAUUUCAACCAAGUCAUUUAACCGUUUAGCGUUGCAUUUGUCGACCCACAUACAUGCUUUACGGUACAUAGAAAAUAUCAUUACGAUAGUACAUAAUACAUAUAAACGCGCAUCGUUUAUAAAUAGAAACCAAAAGAAUUUAUUGAGCACGUAAUAACGAAAAUAUAUUGAAACAGAAAUACGUAGUAUAAUUGUGCGUAUCGAACUAUCGCAACAAACGAGAUAUAACGUCGAUAGAUAAAAUAAGGAAAAUUACAUAUCUAAUCGGUAUGUUGCAAUAACAGGCGCGAGUUAAUCUAGAAAAGAAAAAGGAUUAAAAGAUCAGGAAGUAUAUACCAUUAGUAGAACAAAAAAAUUAAAUAGAUAUGGGAACAAAUAUAAUAAUGAUAAUAAUGAUGAUGAUUAUGAUGAUGAUGAUAACGAUAAUGAUAAUGAUGAUACGUGGACAAGCACUUUAUAAUUACUAAUUUGAUCCUUUGAACUCAAUUUUCUUUAUCUUUUUUCUUUUUCUUUUACUAUUAUCUUUUUCUCUUCUUUCUUCUUUUUUCUCCCUUUUCAAUGUUAUUGCGUCCGAGUUAGGCGUGUGAAAGAGAAAGGAAAAGAUAAUUAUUUCUCGUCCGUGUUGAUACAUACGAUAACGAUAAUAAAUAAAAAUAGUCGACUAAGAGAUAUAAUACUUGUCACAAUAACAAACGAUCAUUGUUCUCGUCCGAGAGAUGACAUAAGAGUUUUAUAAGAAAUUUCUAUUGUCGUCUUCGGUUUGACGUACGAGUUGAAAGGGUUAAAGCGAUACGUUCCUUAAAAGUUUUGUCUUUAGAACUUUGAUAGAUCAUUAGAGUCUAUAGUAGACAUACUUUAAACUUCGAUCCAAGGUUCGUAUUAAUUCCAACAUUUUUCUCUCCUACAUACGUUUUAAACGACAUGUGUAACUCGCUUCAUAACUUAACAGUUCAAACUAAUAACGUUAAAGAAUAUACGAUUUCGAAGACGAUCUUUCCACGUUCUCGCAUUUAUCAAUUUUUCAUAAAAAUCUCGCCUGUCUCGAAUUUUUUUUAACGAUAACAUAUACAUACCUACAUACGUGUAUAUAUACGUCGUAACUAUACGUUUAAACUAAACCUGUAUGCAGAAUAAGUCGACAAACUUUGUCUCGAUAUAUCGAAGAAAGUACUUUUUUAAAGUUUAUCAAGUAAUGUAGGUCAUUCAAUGAUACGACGCCUUUGGAUCGACAUUUACUUAUAGUGUCACUCCUUGUUAUCGACGCAACAAUGGCUGCGAUAUAUAAAAAAAAAAAAAAAGGAAAAAAAAUAGAGAGAGAGAAAGAGGGGAUAUCAAAGAAGGAGAGAGGGAGAAAGAAGCGCGAAGGUCAUAAGGGACAAGCAUGCACGGACUCAAAGGGGGAAUUGAUAGAAGCAUGUAUUCGUCUUGCCAACGCAACAGGAAACACGUACGCGACAACGAAUGGUAAUAAUAAAGGGGUAUAUUCGUUCUAGCAACAACGAUCCAUUAUAUUACUUUGCCAAGUUAAUAUUCUAUCUUUAUCUUUUCUCGUAGAAAAUUCUCAAUAAGGCGUUUCUUUCUCUUUCCCUCUUUCUCUCUCUCUCUCUCUCUUUCUCUUUCUCUUUCAAGAGCCCGUGAUAUCACGUAAUCGUAAUUUCCCUUCUAAUUUAAUCCCAACGAUCGUUUUGACCUUUUCUAACGUAGGAAAAGUAGUAUUUCCGAUAGAAAAAGGGAAAGAAAAAGAAACAGAGAAAAAAAAAGAAAAACAGAAAAAUAAGAAGAAUUCUCGUUAACGUUCCUCGAACGUAAUCAAAGCAUUUUAAGUUUCCUGUCACGUGCCAAAACGUAGUUAACGUUGCUCGCGAAAAUAUAUAUAUAUAUACCUAUAUAUGUAUAUAUGCGCGUAUAUACAGGGUGUCUCGUUUGAAAUUUCUCACGCAGAAUUGUUUCCCAAAUCGCCAAGCUCUUUUCGAACGAUUAUUUUCAAACGAAACUUGACUCGUUUCCACGGGAGGGACAAAUUUUCUCUUCGGUGGACGUGCUCUCAAGGUGACCUUUGUCUUUCUUUUCUCUUUCUUUCUUUUUUUUUUUCUUGUACGAAACUUUGAACUACCUUGUAAAACCAAAGUGGUGUUAUGGUGUCAACGAACCGCCUUUCGAAAUAAUAAUAAUAAUAAUAAUACUAAUAAUAAUAAUGGACUUGCAAGUCUAAAGAAAUGCAAAGCGUCGCUUUAAAUAAAAGAAAAGGUCAACUUAGAAUUAUCUCAAAUUAUUAUCAAUCGAGGCACGUUCGCCUAAAGAAGAAGAUUCCUCAUCGCCAUAAGAUGUGUUCCACUUUUUAGAAUAAAUGAAUUAUUUCGAAAGAGAAUCUCUUGAAACGUGUUAAUUAUUUUCGAUAUAAUUGCCUACGAAACGUUAAGUGGGCGCGAGGGUGAGACACCCCGUAUAUCUACUUAUCUACGUAUAUAAAUCGGACGUUAGAAAUUCGUUCCUUUUCUUCAAAUAACAGUAGUUUACAAGGCACGUUUUCUACGUACAUACGUGUUAUGUACUUUCAAACGUCGCGUCGACGAUCCUACCAAAUACUUUUACCAAUCGCGUUCGACAAAAACGCUUAGGAAAGAUCGAUACGUUUGUUUUCUUCCUCGAACUCGCGUUCCCAUUCACGCGCUACAUACACGCACGUACGCACGCACUCACGCACUCACGUAACCACCCACAUGCAAGCACGGAACAAGAGGACGUAACGAGUUUUUUGUCUUUCUUUCUUUUUGCGUGUGUCGUACGUGCGUCGUACGUGUGUCGUCCGUGUGUUUUUUUUUUCUUUCUUUCUUUCUUUCUUUCUAUUACGCAUCCCGUGUACACGAUGUCACGUGACCAAUAUGGCCGACACCAUCUUGCAAAUAACGAUCCAUCCAUCCAUCUGUCUCACCUUAUUUCGUCGUUUUUUUCUUUUUUCGAAAAAAGACACACGAGUGUUUCGUGUUGUUGUAAAUUAGCGAUUAGAAGAAGGAAAAAAACAAAUAAUACGAAAAAAGAAAACGAGUUCGUAAAGGUUAUCGUAUCUGUUAAACGUUUAAGCGAAAAAACUCAGCACGUCUAACGUAUCAAUUUUAAGGAGCAAUUCCAUUUUGAUAAAUACAUGUGCGAUACGAGUUUUGUAUCGAGAAAAGGCGACAAUAAAAGAGUUUUAUUAAUAUAAACGCACGACGAUAAAAUAUUGAGUAAUAUGUUUUAAUAGGAUCAUAUUCUUAUCGAAUCUUAUCGAAAUAAUACGUUUGUCUUGCUUUCAUAAAAUCCACUUGGUUACGGUUUAUACACAAGUAUCGUAAUGUUAUAGGUAUUCGAUUGAGCUAAAGUCAAACGCGUAUGUUCACGCGACUAGACCGUAAUACCGAAUGUUUCAUUGUUACGAUCAAAACGAUGAAUUAAUUUUUAAUUGAGCGAAUCUGUUUAGUCUUACAAAUAUAUAUCUGAUCGUUCGAAUCGUUAAAAAUUGUUCGACGAUCGUGAUUUCGUUCGAGUCAUUGAUUUAACGAUAUUUUGUUAAGAUUAUGAUUAUUUCGAAUUCGGAUAAAAAACAAAUUGUCGAUGACAAAUGGUUGAUGAGCAUACGGUAUCUAUCAACUCGUUAAUAAACUUUAUAACAUUGUAAAUAAUACAUUGAGACCUUUCUACGGCAAUAGGAGUUUAAAUAUGUAUGUAAGAGUUAGGUUAGGUCACGAAACCGAAUCCGAUGGCUAUAGAAAACCACCGGAAGCACGAUGGAACUCAGAAAUGAACUUUCAACCUAGAAAUCGGGUUUCUCUUACAACGAACGAAGUUAUGUUAUCCAACUUUGAUAAUGGUUAACGUCAAGCAGUCGGAAAUUCAUAGUGAUUCUUCGGAAAACUCGAAAAUUUCUUCGAAUAAGUACGUAGUCCAAUCGAUUACAAGUAUUCGACGAUAAGACACGUGCUGCAGUUUGCUUUAAGAACGAACGAACGAACGAACGAAAGCUAUUACAUCGGGUAUCGUGACGGAACGACCUUGAAUGAGGAGAAACUGUCGAAAGUCGAAAGCUAUUAAUUGCUGACUCAGAGCUCGGACAUCAUCGCUCCGAUACGCAUAUAUAUAUAUAUACAUACAUACAUACACCUACGCACACGUUGUACGAACGAACGAACGAAUUUGUAAAUUUGAACGUACGUAUACUCUCUCUCUCUCUGUUUCUCUGUGUGCGCGCGCGUGUAGAUUGGGAUGUGAUGUAUCUCGUGGGAAGAGGAAUUCGUGGAACACAAGUAAUGAGAAUCUUUCUCUCUUUCUCUUCGUCGUAUAUUGAAAAGUAUUUCACUUAAGUAGAAAAGAAGAACUUGCUAAGGCGGUCUGAAUUCUUGGAAAUUCAAAGAACUACCUCGAAAUUCCUUAAGCGAAGUACAUACAUACGACCUUGAGAGAAGUCGGUGGAACCUUCUCGAGAGCGAAGUUUCCAUGAAAGUUAUACGAGACAAGCGGGUGAGGAGUUAAGCGAAUAAGGUGGGGGUAACGGUGAAUGAGGAGUGGGGGAAGGGGAGGGAUGAAGAGGAGGAAGAGGAGUUCUGCGCGUUCGAGGUAUAUACCUCGGUCGUUGUAUCGUUGCCCGGGACCGUGCCAUGACCUCACCAACACAUCGUGCUAGUUUCGUGUCGAGCUAAGUUCGGAGAACGAGCCAUGAGAGAGAGAGAGAGAGAGAGAGAGGCAGAGAUUGAGAGGGAGAGUCUGAGGGAGGGACAGCUUCCCUCGCAACCUCUAUCUCCUCUCGUGUUUCAUCAACCUCACGUUCGUUCGCUUUCCUCCUCUUUCUCUCUCUCUCUCUCUCUCUCUCUCUCUCUCUUCCCGUGAUACAACUUCAGAUAAAAGCUUAGACUCUCGAUCGAGUCAAUAAGUCAAGCACGAGACUACCAUUAUCUCGAUUAUUUCGUCCACUUUUGAUCUCGAUCGUUAACAGACGGGAUCAUAGGGCUUUGGGUAAAAAUAAGAAAAAGAAAAAGAAAAUAUAUAUAUAUAUAGCUAUAGGAAAAAACAUUUCAUUAUUUCAAGAUGGCGAUUAAGAACGACUGAGAAAUAAAUUUCGAUAAAAAUGUUGAAUCGGAGAAAAAAGUUUCUUCGUAUUUUAAUGCAACGGUAAAUCAAGUUAACGAAUGUAAUCGAAUAUUUUCUCACAAAGUAGUGCCCAUCAUUCAGAUUGAAAUUUGAAAAAUUUCAUUUCGUAGAAUGACGAUAAAUGAAAGAUCCUUCGUUUUAAGGAUAGUUAAUAUCUAUGAGAAAUAAUUUAUUUAUAACUCGAAAGAAAAUUAUUCAAACUUCAAUUUAUUUCACUCCAUCGAUAUUUCACUCGUCGUUCCAUUACGCCGAUUUCUUAUUACGAUAUUCUUCCGAUCGAAAUAUUUCAUGAAAUUAAUCCGAAACUUUUAUUAGUUAUCUUACCGGCAUAAUUACGUAAAUAUUAACCUACAUAAACUUUCGCGAGGAGAAUAAGUGAACGAAAGAAAUGUUACAAAAAACAAAACAAAAAAGAAAAGAGAGAGAAAGAAAGAAAGAAAGAAAGAAAGAAAGAAAAAGCAAAAAGGAAAACGGGCACGUACCACGCACAUGUAAAUAUUAAAAUCACAUUUGUUGUACGAAUCUCGUUUGUUAUACCAUCUUACUUUCAAAUUUGAUUUUACCUCGGCAUAGUUCGAAAUAACAGUAAAAGGAUACGCGUGUAUAGUAGAGAAUAUAACAGGAAACUCGCUACGAAUGUCGAACUAGAAACGGGGUAAAGUCCUGGUAUGCGAUGACUACCCUCCACUUCCGCCCUUCUCGAAAGGGGAUGGAAUGCGUUUACCGGCGUACGAAGAGGGGUGGCUUGCACGUUGAAUACGGGGUGAGAGAGAGAGAGAGAGAGAGAGAGAGCGAGGGAGGCUGACACCGGAUAGAAUCGAUAGUAACUUUGUACGGACACAAGAGCUUCCACCUCCUCUUUUCAAGGGAGGGUGGAAACUCAUCGCAAACACACGUACACGACGCACACGUACACACACAUAUAUACACACGAUUCGAUGAAAACGUGUGAGAUGGGUUAGAACGAAAGGACAGGGACGGGUCUACGUGUACGUGUAUAUAUAUGUUGUGUGUAUACCUACGUGCGUGUAUACGAGAGAGAGGAGAGUAUAUGUAUGUGUACUUUAGCCCCGAUCAAGGCCGUUCGUUCGCUCACCGCGACUGGGAUCGACGUGAUUCCAAUUUACUCGUUCUCCCUCCUCCCUUUCCCUCUCCAUUCCUCUCCACCCUCUCAUCCCGCCUAUCCAAAUCCUUCUCACCGAACGAUAGUUUCAAUCCACGUGCCAAAUUCCACGCGUAGAGAAAGAGAGAAUAUCGUCUCUGCGAUUAUUAUAACCGGUUGCGAAUAGUGCGAGGUCAUGUCGUGGAACAGAUGAAAAUACACAACGAAAGAGAAACUAUCGACGAACUAAACGCGAAAUGCGUAAUAUAGUUGAGUAAAUAUUAAUCUUUCGUAUCUACCCGUUUCCAAACGAUAUCGUCGUCGUCGACGUCGUCGACGUCGUCGUAGUCGUUGUCGUUAUUGUCAUUGUAGUGGUACGAUCUGAACCUUUACAGUCUCUCGAUUGGUUCACGGAGUGCAAACGUAAUCUCAAAUAGAAAUGGGAGGAAACAAACCGGUUUAUUUUCUAUCAUGGAAGCGUAUUAUCUUAUGAAAAAAAAAAGAUCGAAAUAAAUAAAAGAAAUAAAAAAGAAAAAUAAAGAAACGACACGGAAAAAAGAAAAAGCACAUACCCGAGACCGCCUAUAACAAUCGGAUGAAGUACGAAUAAUGAAAAAAAAAAAAAUGUAAAGAAUAAAAGAAAAAAAAUGAAAGAAAAAAGUAAAAAAAAAAAGGAAGAAACAAAAAAAAGGGAAAAAAAGCAAAAGUACGACCGACGACCGACCGUCUAAAAGUCGACGUUGCAAAGGAAGAAAAUAACGGAAGUAGAGGCUAAAGACACAUAAUAAAUGAGUGCAUCGCUUAACACCUCUCCUCUCUCCCCGUCUCGAACGUAAAUGAGGAAAAUCAUUGUCGGCUCGAUCACAAAGUAUAUCGAGUUUCGAGACUCUAGAGUAUACCGCUAUUUGGAAAACGAUCCGGAUAAGGCAAGCAAGCAAGCAAGCAAGCAAGUAAGCAAGCAAGCAGGCAAGCAAGCAAGCAAGCAAGCAAGCAAGCAGCUCCUACAAGAGAGCCACUCGUGUGCAGAUCUCUGUCCUUGAAUACGAAGGAGGAUGAAGUCGGUGUUUCGUGUGUGUAUUUGCGCGUGUAUUCGUGUUGUACGCGUUCACGCACCGUGGGACGACGCAACGUACGAUAUCCUGUUCUGCUUAGUAUGUAUAUAUAUAUAUAUGUAUAUAUAUGCAUAUAUAUAUGUAUGUAUGUAGGUAUAUAUAUAUUUGGACGUGUUGAGCGCGAGCACACCUAUUUCCAUGUGUUUGUGCUUGGUCGUAACGCAUGUAAGCAGAAUGCAAACAGCUGCCGGGAAUGCGGGAGACAGCAGGCACUCGAAACGAGCAUUAAUGUCCCUCUUCGGCCAUGUUACAUAAACCGAGUGGACUUUUCUCUCUCGCUCUCCGUUUCUCUCUGUCUUUCUCCUUUCAACCGAUUAGUUACGAAGAAUAUCAAACGCAAAUGAGGAGACGAUGAGAACGACGACGACGACGACUAUGGCGAUUAGCUUUCAAAGAAAUUAUCGCUAAGCAUUUUCCUAUGACUUCCGUUUCUUGCGCAACUACGUUCGUAUUACGUUAACAAAAUCGAACGAGCAGACGUUAAUUCGCUUAUCUCUUCUCCGUUUCUUUUCUUUUCCCGUCUUGUCUUGUUCUUUUCUUUUCUUUUCUUUCCUUCUUUUAUUUAUUUCAUUUUAUUAUUUAUAUUUCGUCUACAUGCGCGUUCUUAAUUACUUAAUUACAAAAGAAACUGAAAUAAGCGCAUCUUGUUAAAGCGCUUUAUCGGUAGGUUAAAUAUCGCUUGUUAAACUCUUAUCGUCGUACACUUUUAUUGAUAUUCCGUAUUUAUCAAAUAAGGCGGCCAUGUUCUUCUAUACACUCGCUAAAAAUAUUACGUUAUUACUUGGAGUCACGUGGAACACGAUUCUCGAAAGUUGAUUCGUUCUGUUCGUCUUAAAGCGGGAGAUACAAAGAAACACGUAUACUCGUCUCCCUCUCUCUCUCUCUCUCUCUAACUUUUUUCUCACUUUCAAGAGGGAGAAAUGUUAUCGGGUAUAGCAUUUUCCAUUCGAGAGCGUUACGUCAGUCGUGUAAUCGAACACGAUAAGGGAACGAGAGAUAUCGGGGAUGUGAUGGUGGUGAUGGUGUGGUAUUGCUUGGUUGCGUGCGACUCUCUCGCGCGCGCGUUCGUGUGUGGUGUGUGUGUGAGAGAGAACGUGUGCGCGAGCGCGAAUGCUCGGCGAAAUGAAAUUAUUAUUCGCUUCGGUGCCGGCGACGAUUGCGUAGAUUUGCGUGCACGUGUGCCGCAUGUUUUCGCGCGUCGUCGGCCGUCACCGUCGCCGCUGCCGCUGCCGCCGCCGCCGCCACCUCCGCCGCCACCUCCGCCGCCAUGAUUGCCGGCGUGGCCACGUCGCGUAUACUCGAGUGACUAAUCGCUUACGAAUCGCUCUAUACGACGUUCGACUUAUCACACGAGGAGAAGCUUAUAAUAAUCGUCGAUUAGGACAUAAAAUCCGUCGAUCGUCGACAUUUUCGCUGCGUUCCAUUCGAAUCGAAUUUACAUAUCCUCAACGGAAUACGGAAGAUCGUAAAUACGGGACUCGUAAAAAAGUGAAGGUUAACAAGAUUGUUUAUAUAUAUAUAUAUGUAUGUAUGUAUAUGAUAUAUGUGUAUAUAGUGUAUUAUUUCGGUCAAAUAACUUUGUUCGGUCGACGAGGUUUUUUCCGUCUUAGGUUACAUCUAAGCGAAGAAUAAUUUUUUAUCAGAACCGACCCGAUAAAUAGAUCGUCGUAUUUCGAAAUAUCGUAUACCUGUUAUAUUUUAUUUCGCACGUUGGCACGUGUAAGAUAUUUUUGUGAAGCGUGUAUUUGGCAACACUGGAUACCGCAGACAUUUAAUUAUCGCGAAACAAUCGACUAUAAACAAAACGUAUUAGUAUUUAUAAAUACAGAGCGUUUCCGACCCGAUGGUAAUGCCGGAAGGAGGGUGAAUCUGCAUGAACAAAUAACUCGAUACCGUAGAUCGACGUUUUACGGUUAAGAUAGGAGGACACGUUUUCGAAUAAAUCGACUUGAAAUAUUCGUCGAUUACGAGCAAUGUCAAUGAUAUUAUUCCAUACAGCGUAUAAAUAAUACAGCACCAUGCCGAGAUACGUCAAUAAUACACGUUAGCAAAAUGCGUUUACGUUCGGUAGACGUUUGAAGUACCUGCGUAGUUAGGGUCAUAUAUUUUUACGAUACUUAAAGGUCGAAUAUUUGUCGGACGUAUCAUUAUCGCAUAAAUACCUGCCAAACGCAACAAACGAGUUUACUCGAGCUCUAAUCCUCUUGUAGCAACCGACGAUACUUUUGACCUGGCUUUACCUGCUCGUAUCUCUUUCUGGUCGGAGUCUUUGCGGUCGUAUCUUUGGAGAUAAUUAUAGUAUUGUAUUCUAUCUUGACCAUCGACUUCGUAGAAACGACCAUUCAAAAACAGAGACGCCAUUCAAAACGACGUAAUUACGCGUCUAAUGCGAGCUAAUCGACAACGACAAUAACAACGAUAAAAACAACGACGACAACAAAAUUCUUGUCGUCGGUUCGUUCUUAACGUGGUAUAAACUUUGAAAUAAACACGAGCCAAUUUGGUCUUCUUUCGAAACGGAUAAGAAAAAAACAGGUUGCUCUUGAAUCGACCAGUAAGGUUAGACGCUCGGCAUCUCGUAGUAGAAGUUUGGUUGUCUUCUCAAAGUUGCACGAGGUCAAAGAGACGGAGACAGAGACAGAUAGAGACAGAUAGAGACAGAGAGAGAGAGAGAGAGAGAGAGUAAAUGAAACUUUUUGUAACCAAUCGAACGACACAGCGUAGUUUCCCGUUAGGAAAAAGAUUCUCAACGAAUAAAUAGAUGUUUGCGAAAGUGUAGCACGUUCUUUCGAUCGUUCCGAGUAUCUAUCUCUGCCUCUCUCUCUCUCUCUCUCUCUCUUUCCAUCUCUCUCCCUCAUUUUUACCGCGUUGAAAGUUACGAGAUCUAAUCUAGAACAACGCGAUUUUAUUUGCCAUACGUAAAUUCUCCCACGUAUCUCUCUUUUAACGAUUCACGAUUCGAUCGUUUGAUACCUGCUUGAAGGAUUGCUCGUGGAAAAAAAAGACGCAAACAAAAUACAAAAAACAGGUUAUUUCCUCGUUACGUAAGCGUUCUCCUUAGAAAACGUAUAUUCCUAAGAAUUCAAGAUACGUAUGUGUGUAUUUUAUACACACACACACACACACACACACACACACACACACACACACACACACAUAUAGAUCAAACAAGGCGUACGGAGUAUAAGAGACGAUGUAAAAUAUCGUCUUAAGCGGAAAAGAUGUGCCAGUUGAUCGAGAGGAUUAACUUCUCAGACGUAUACCGGUAUUGGCUUUUCCGUUCGCUUCGUAAAGGGAUCAAGGCCAAGAGGCAGAAACCGUAGAGUCGAUUCCAAUGACUCUGAAUGCCGGUGAAACGCGACGGUGCUACGGUACAUAUUUCCUUCUUCGUUUCGAUGGAAAGAAAAGAAAAGAAAGAAAGAAAGAAAGAAAGAAAGAAAGAAAGAAAGAAAGUAUGAAGUAUGAAGAAAGAAAAAUAAAGAAAAAAGUAUAUAUAGAAGAAGAGAAAGAGAUAGACGAAGAGAGAGAGGAAGGAAAGGAGAAAAAAUAAAAAAAAAAAAAAUGUUAAAAAGAAAAAAAAAAAGCAGAGCACUUUGGUAGAACGAUAUCCGUAGAAGCGAGGCAGGCGAGCAAGCAAGGAGGCAAGCAAGCGGCGGGCACACGCGCGAGCACGUGUGCGUGAAUGCACAGGGAAUUUUUUUUGUGCCAGCCAGGCAGCAGCCAGCAGCAACCAGCAGCCAAGCCAGCAGCAGCAGCAGCAGCAGCAGCAACGGAGAGUAAUCGUGCCUCGAGACUCGACCGCUCGCUCCGUUCGCCUCGGUCAUGGGUGGAAGUAUGGUAGAGGGGGAGAGCUGCAUCGUUGUUCGGGGUCGGAGCGAACGAACGAGAACGAGCGAGCGAGCGAACGAGCGAGAAUAUAGAAAGAGAGUGAGCGAGAGAAAAGCCGGCGGCGCGGCACGGCGCGUAUGGAACGGUGGUGGGGAGAGAGCCGCGUGGUGGGGAGAAGAACGGGUCGUUUGGGUGUCGGCGGUGGUAGAGUACGAGUGGUGGGGGAAGUCUGGCUCGAGCAACGACGCGCCGUCCGUGGUGGGGGGCGAGUUCUCUCGACUGCCGCAGUAGAGUAGCGGCCUUCGACGCGAUCUGAUCUUGGUUCUCUUCGAGAAAGUGUGCGCGCGCGCACACGCACAUACACGCUGUUACAUAUAUAUAUAUAUGUGUGUAUGGAUAUAUACGUAUGUACUUUAACGUCCUACUCUCCCCUAAAUACGGUGCUGCGCCGAGAACUUAACGCACUGCGCAGGCCACUUUUCUUCUCUCUCUCUAACCGUUCUCAUCUCGUCUCAUCUCGCAUAAUGCCGGCCCUUUCUCUUUGUAUACUUCUUCGUCCCAGCUGAAACGUGAAUUUUCUUUCUCGACCGAACGAAGACAGAGAUAGAAAGGAAGAGGGAGAUAGGGAUAGAGAGAGAGAGAGAGAGAGACUGGUGUUUUUACUGGUGUUUUUUUCGUGAAAAAAACAAGUUACAAUUUUUUGUUUCUCCUUAUUUUUUUUUUUAUCGUCAUCGUCAUCUCGUGAGCUACGUUCUCAGUGGGGUGUUUCCAGCGGAUUUACAGUGAAUCAGUGAAUCAGUUUCGUUUUUUUUUGCCUUCUCUCUUUGGACUAUAAUCAGUGAGUGCCAUUGCGCGUAAUUCUCCGUAAAUUUCCUGCUUUUUCUUACUUCUCGUUGCGAGAGACCUUUUUUUUUUCCUCACUCUUUUUUGUCAGGUCGUUCCGUUAAACGCUCGAGUUCUUCCGACACGUCGCAAGGGAUCACCUUCUUAUAUAUACGUACAUAAACAUACAUACAACAAACAAACAUACAUACAUAUAUAUAUAUAUAUACACACACACAUAAUACCUAUGUAUCUCUUACUGCGUGUGCCGUAAAAAAAGUAUAGAGGAAGAGUGAAGAAGGAAGUGGUGCAUCGGUCGUGGCGCGAAAGGAAAAAACGAGAGAGAGAGAGAGAGACAGACAGACAGAGAAAGAGAGAGAGAGAGAGAGAGAGAAAUAGAGUUGGCGAGACAUCGAGAGUCAACGAGGAAGAAAGAGAGAAGAGUGUACUACUCUUGUGUAUGUGUGCGUGUGUAUGUGUAAAGUAGUGAGUGAGACAGAGAGAGAGAGAGAGAAAGAAGCCGGGGAGAUCGACCAUUGUUCGUCGGUCGAUCGACGACUAGCAGGAGUCGCUUCGUGCACGUUCGGCAAUCUUCGUGGCUGAUCGUCGACGCGUAGCUCUCUUCUCUUUUGCCGCACGCCGUGCAGAUCUCUCGACGUCGCACGCAGUAGUGCGCGCGACAGGGUUAACCCGACGAGAGAAGUCGGUAGUGCGCUCGUUUCUUCUUCUUCUGUCGUAUUAUUUCCUUCGGAGUAGUGAUAGCGUGAUAUAGAUAUACGUAUAUAUAUAUAUAUAUAUAUAGAGAGAGGAAGAAAGAUACAUAACAUAUAUGUUUUCUGCGUUUGAUCGUUCUCAACUACUGACGUGUCUUUAAGUUUUUCUUUUCUUUUUUUUUGGUGUUCUUUGUGUGUUGGUGGUUGGUCGUCCUCCGCGCUCCGUCUUUGCUCAAUCUGUGUGUUUUCUCGUCAAUGUGUGUGGUAUUAUCGAGAGAAAAGUUAAUAUAUAUAUUAUAUAUAUAUAUAUACAUAAAUCGAGAAAAAAUCGUGGCCCGUUUGGAGGAGAAAGAAAUUGUCGAGACGUCGCUUUCUAAUACUAGUAGUAGUAGUAGUAGUAGUAAUAAUAAUAAUAAUAGCAAAAAAAAUAAUAAUACGCAGUGUCGAAGAAGGGAAAAUUUUCACGGGCAAACUCGAGACGGUUCGUGAGAAGCCGUCUCGAGAGAUGAACCUUCGCGGUAGAGCGAAGAGUAGUAUUGUGAUUCGUACGAUGAUUACGAAGAGUGAUAAAAAGGUGUUGGUGAAUAUAACGAAUACGAAGACGAAGUCGAAGACGAAGUCACUGAAAAUAAUUAACGGAUUAACGGUAAUAAUAGUGCCGAGAGCGUGCGGAGAUAAGAAGAGAGGAAGAAGGACGACGAAGACGAAGAGGAUAGAAAACGUAAAAGCAGCAUGCCACCGGUGUUAGGAGGCGCGGCAAUGGCGGUCCUUCCGGUAAGCCCGCAGACGGCUACGCAGGGUAACCCGCACCACCACCACCAUCACGGUCAUCACGUACACCAAGGGCAAACGCAGGUUUUGAUCGCGGCCGCCGGCGCAGGCACGCAGGCUCAGCCGCAGCUGCUUUAUCAACCUUAUAAUCUGAUGCCGGCGACUGGUUCGCCGUCGCAUCAGCCACCCUUUCAGCAACAUCAUCAUCAGUAUCAACAUCAUCAACAUCAACAGCAACAACAAGCUCAACAGCAGCAGCAGCAACAACAACAACAGCAGCAGCAACAACAACAACAACAACAUUCGUCGCCUCCACCGACGCAACAUCAACAGCAACAACAACAGCAUCAACAUCAUCCGGCUGCCGCCCAACAACAGACCAGUUUUCUCACGAACGACGUUGGAAACGCCGUAACCACAGCUGCGUUGGCCUUAUAAACGACGAGAAGAGACGAGAAGAACGCGUUGUUACAUUCUCGGCCAUACCGGGAGAUGUCUACCGUAGUACUAUAUUCUGGCGUACCAUAAAAUAUUACCCUCUUAUGUACGGAACAAAAAUUUUACGACCGGUGCGACUUCUCGCACUAGUACGUACAAUAUCGUCUCGUUCCGAUCGAAAAGGUAUCCUUAAGAUCAACGAAGAGAGAGAGAGAGAGAGAGAGAGAGCAAUACUCGUGGACAAAAUCGAUAUCGUACAAACAAAAGUCGCUAAUCGAUUCGAACGACGAAAUAAUUUUUGCGAGAGUUUCACUCGAGUGAAACUCGAUGGAAUUAUGUUUGGAUAUUACACUCCAAAAACGACCUUUCGUUUUUGCACGUUGCGUUUAAUAAUCCUCGAUUACCAUUGAAUAUAUCGAUUCCAAUUCUGGAAUUCCUAUAAUUUCUAAUUACGUAAAGGUAUACGAGUGAAAAAGCUUUGUGAAUGAAAAAGAAUUUUUUGUUCGAUAUGUGAAAACAAUUGUAUGAAACAGGUUUAAUGAUCUGUGACGCACGAAUAAAGAAAAAAGCUGAUACUCAUUGGAGUAUA